AUGACACAAUUAUUUCCUCGUGCAACACUUAAAAGAAUAAUCAAAUCUCACCAUAACAAAGCAUUGACCAAGAAUGUAGACGUUAUGAUUUAUCUAGAUUACGUUUUAUUUCUUCAACGCCUAGCCGAAGAAGCUAAUAUUGAAGCAAAUCAAGAUCUGAAUGAAAAAAAAAUAGAAGAAAGACAUGUUGUAGCUGCUUUAGAGAGGGUAUUGCAAGAAUUUCAAGGAUGA